GGCCGCGCUGGACUCGUCGCCCUCCGCAAAUCUCGAGGUGGCGCUGCGUUUGGGCGCGCCUUCUAUAAGGGCGGAUUUGAGCCCAAGAUGACCCGAAGGGAGGCCGCGUUGAUAUUAGAAGUUCCCGAACGCGGACUCUCCAAAGAACUCAUCCGAAAGAAGCACCGAUCCCUCAUGCUGAACAACCAUCCCGACCGCGGAGGCAGCCCGUAUUUGGCUACGAAAGUCAACGAAGCGAAAGAACUUCUAGAGAAGAGCUAG